AUGCCGAUGAUGGGGCUUGUGUCUGGAGCACGCCGAAGAGCGACAUCAAAUGCUAGCAGCCGAGGAUCUGUCGAUGAGGGCAGAGGACACCAAGAUGAGGAUGAGACCGUUAUAGAGGCCGAUCAGGGAAAUGUGCUCGGCCACAUCAUUUCCCAACUCAGGCCGGGUGCAGACCUGAGCCGGGUCACGCUUCCCACAUUCAUCCUCGAACCUCGUAGCAUGCUGGAGCGAAUAACCAACUUCAUGUGCCACCCCGAAAUGCUCCUACCUAUCCCGAAGAUGGACGACCCUACCGACAGAUUUGUGAACGUCGUGAAGUUCUAUCUGAGCGGUUGGCAUAUCCGUCCUCCCGGAGUCAAAAAGCCUCUGAACCCUAUUCUCGGCGAGAUCUUCACUUGCUACUGGGACUUGCCAGACAACACAAAAGCGUACUACAUCUCCGAGCAGACAUCUCACCACCCGCCGAAAUCAAGCUACUUCUACAUGGCUCCUGAGCACCACAUCAGGGUCGACGGCUGUCUAAAACCGAAGAGUAAAUUCCUGGGGAACUCGGCAGCAAGUCUGAUGGAGGGAACAGCCACACUCACGUUCCUGAACAGGGGGAAGGACCCUCAGAAGGGCGAGCGAUACUUCCUCACGCAGCCGAACAUGUACGCGCGAGGAAUCCUCUUCGGCAAGAUGAAAUAUGAGCUUGGUGAUCACAGCUUCGUUCGGUGUCCUGAGCUGGGCCUUGUCGCAGACCUGGAGUUCAAGACAAAGGGCUGGGUCGGUGGAACCUACAAUGCCAUCGGCGGCUUCAUCAAGAACGAGAAGACGGGCGAGGCGCUGUACGAGUUCUCUGGGCUGUGGAGUGAUGAGAUGAUCAUCAAGAAUUUGAAGACUGGCCACAAGGAUGCCUUUUUCAAUGCACACCGCGCGAAGCCAUCGCCUCCCCAGGUCAGGCCCAUAGAGGAGCAAGAUGAGAAGGAGUCCCAGCGACUGUGGCGCAAGACCGCACAAGCCGUGAAGGACAGGAACCACGAACUUGCUACUGACGAGAAGACCAAAAUCGAGGACGCCCAAAGAGACGAAGCUGCCAAGAGAGCCCAGGACGGUGUCGAGUGGCAUCCUCGUCUCUUCAGGAGGGUCAGAGGCGGUCCUGGUGGCUCUGAAGAAGGAGAGGAGGACCUUGAGUGGAUAAUCAACGCAAAACUCGACGCUACUGACCCAAAGAAACAAAUUGAACAAAUCCUGGACAUCUAUCCCAUCACGCCGGGCCAGAAAGCAAAUCCUGCCCACUCGAUUCCUCCCAGGGCUAGCACAAGCCAGGCCCCACCACCACAAUCGAAAGGGGACGAUCUAAUAGACUUUGGCCAGGAUGAUACACCAGCGGAGCCUACCAAGCCGCUAGAACGCCAACUCAAGGAUGACCCAAAGGUAGAGAGCACCGGGGAGAUUUCAGGGAUGCUCAAGUCUACCGGCAAGGCAUCUGAAGGACCGUUGAUCGACUUCCACGAGGACUUGAAGAAGAACGUCCCCGAUAUUCGAAGAUCAGACACGACCGGGUCUAAUGACGUCUUUGUAGAUGCAAAGGAAUAG